AUGCGAGGGAAAGUCAAGAGCACUGUCAUGGAGGUGGACGAGUGCUUCCACACCUUAACUGAGAGCUUCGAGCCCUUUGCGCCCGAAGCUCGCCCAGGUGAUCGGCGCCCAUACCUUGACGAGCUCAUCGCGAAAGCGAGGGCCGACCCACUAACAGUACUGGCUGCAACUGAUGGCUCCGUCCCUCAGUCCAAUCAAUAUCAGGCCACUUCGGCUGCCAUCAUCUACAAGGGACACCGCGAGCUCGAAAGGACUUGCUAUGUCUCUGGCAGAGUUACCGCCCCAGAUGCGGAACUCAAUGCCAUCUCGUGUGCAGUGCGCCUUGCUGUCAAGCAGGCUAACUGCCAACAUAUUAUGGUCUUUACUGACUCUAUGGGCUCGGCCCAUAGAGCGGUCGACCCCUCCGUGCACUCUGGUCAGGCCUUUAGCCUGUCAGUUUGUCGCGCUCUCCAAGAGUGGUUUGAGGCGGAUGAUCUCCGCCGCAUCACCUUCGUCUACGUUCCAUCCGCUUGGCGGUGGGACAUCCAUGGUGAAGCGCACAGGUACAUCACCGAACUCAAAGUCAGGGUUGGACGCCGCAAGACGGACAACUCUAUAGACACGCUGCGCUCCCAAGCCGCGCACUCAGUCCUGGAUUCGUGGGGUUCCACUUUCCAGGAUCCAACCUACGAAGGCUCUGAAUUCUUAGAGCUUACAAACCUACAGCCAUCUUACCUCAAUGGGGGACCUUGGCUUUCAACCUUUGGACACAGUAUCACUGAGUUCGCCCGCGUUUGCCAGUGUAUAACUGGCCACGCGCCCAUUGGAGCGUAUUACCAUCGCUUCAAGAUCAAUGAGCCUCAUGGCUGCACUUGCAGGGCUGCUUUGCAGUCCUGCCAGCAUAUUCUCUUUCGCUGUCGCGAUCGCUACUCCGUGCAUUACCCCCGAUUUCUUGGGGACAUUGCAGCUUUUAUGAAGUACAACCCUACGGCGUUUGGCUUCACCCGGGACCCUUCGGGGGUCGGAUAA